AUGCCUGAAGUAGCUGAAGUUGCACAUGUUUGUGCUCAAUUGAAAAGGAAUGUUCUUGGUACAGUAGUAACAAAUAUCAAGCUACAGAAUGAUAAACUACUCUUCCCGGCAUUGAAAACAUGCGCCAAUGAUACAGCCGCAAAGAAUGAGUUGGAAAGGAUUAACAGAAGCUUGAGCAUGUCGACAAUCGACUCUGUUGGAAGGCACGGGAAAUAUUUUUGGAUUCGGUAUUUGAAAUCCGCUGGAAGUCACAUCAAGAGGGAGCGAUCCAAAAGAAUAAAAACUUCCCCAGAAGGAGGAGUGCUUCUCAUGCAUUUUGGAAUGACAGGAAUGGUGAAACUUAAAGGCAUUGAGUCACAUUUGGUGUUUAUGGAGAACGGUGGAGACAAAAUCAUAUUAAAGAAGAAAACCAAGGCAGAAACAGUUACAGCAAAGGCUGAAUCAGCUAGUACAAAGAAUGACGAAGACGAAGAAGAUGAAGAAGGAGGUGACAGCGAAUUUUGGCCUCCGAAAUAUACAAAGUUUGAAAUGACUUUAAGUAAUGAUAAAGGUGAGGACAUUUUGUUUGCGUUUAAAGACCCAAGAAGAUUAGGAAGAAUCAGAGUAUUCUAUGAACCUCUAACCGACGAACAAUUACUUCAACAAGCACCUUUAGUCGAUCAAGGUCCAGACUAUUCCAAACCGUCUACGUACGUCCAAUUGAAAGACAACAUUUUCAUUCUGGGGGAUCCUGACCCUGAUAACCACGGAAGACCUAUGUUGUCAUUUGAACAAUUCAAGCAAUUGAUAAUGAAGAAGAAAAAGGCAAUCAAAGCUCUUUUACUAGACCAAGGACUCUUUGCAGGUGUGGGGAAUUGGGUUGGUGAUGAGAUCUGUUACCAGGCUAAAAUUCAUCCUAAUGAAGUACUAUCGACUGCAUUGACUAAGAUAGGAGACGACUUAAUAAGAGAUGGCAUACUAAAGCGAUUAUAUGACUCAUUGAUUUAUGUGUGUAAUGAAAGUGUUCGAGUAGAGGGAGAAGUAGAAAGAUUCGCAGAAGAUUGGCUUAUGCUUUAUCGGUGGGGGAAGAGGAGAAAGAAUGUCGUACAGAAAACUCCACAGGGUUACCGGGUUGAUUAUAUUACUAUAGGAGGUCGUACUAGUUGUUAUGUACCUGAGCUUCAGAAGCCAAUUACAAAGAACACAAAGUAG